UUGUGUGUUAUUUGCAUUUCUUUUCACUUUGUUUGCACAAUCGUGUGGAAAGUUAAAUUUACUUAGCAUUGACGCAUACAAAGUACACUUCUUUGAAUUAAAAAAAAGGCAUUCAAUUACAUUGAAGUUGAAAUAUCAGUACAUACAAAAGAAACCAUUGACAUGAAACCUCGACCCUUUUGGCAAACUCCUUGCUUUGGAAACUAAAAUGAGAAUAUUGAAAAUUGUAAAAAAAAUGUGUGUGUGCAGGAGAUUUUAUUGAGAACUUACUGUACCAUAUACCCAUUAUAUCUAUUUAAAAAAACGUUUGUGUCAAUUUUAAGACAAGACCCUCACUAUUUAACUUUUAAAGCAAAGUAUGGUAGAAGACACUCUGGUAAACUGAAGCGAAAAAAAGAAAAAAAAAGGACGAAAAAAAUUGAUUCUCAGUGAAGAAAACGUCCCCUUCUGGGAUGUAUUUAAGAAAAGUAAAACGCUUGUUUUAUUUUUUAAAGCCAAUUUUAAACCUUAAUUUAUGAAUUAAAUCCAACCUUUCUAAGCGUUUAAAGACUGAUGCAACUUUUCCCUCUUUGUAAAAACCCAAAUAUUUUAAUCCUAUCAAAAAAAACUUUCAUAUUCAUUCACGAUGGCUUAUCAGUCUGAGAUUCAUCAUGGCUCUAAAAACAAGUAUUUGUGCGAAUUUUGUUCAAAGGCAUUUUCUUGCACUUCACAUUUGAUGAGACAUCUGAGAACCCAUACUGGAGAGAAACCAUAUUCCUGUGAACAGUGUUCAAAGGCAUUUUCCGACACUUCACAUUUAAUGAGACAUCUGAAAACCCACACUGGUGAGAAACCGUAUUCCUGUAAACAUUGUUCAAAGUCAUUUUCCCAAGCUUCACAUUUAAUGAGACAUCUUAGAACCCAUACUGGAGAGAAUUCGUAUUCCUGUAAGCAUUGUUUAAAGACAUUUUUAAACGAUUCAGAUUUAAUGAGACACCUGAGAACCCAUGAUGGAGAGAAACCGUAUUCCUGUGAACAUUGUUCUAAGACAUUUUCUGACACUUAUUGUUUAAUGAGACACCUCAGUAUGCAUACUGGAGAUAAACCAUAUUCCUGUAAACAUUGUUCAAAGACAUUUUCCCAAACUUCACAUUUAAAGAGACAUCUUAGAACCCAUACUGGAGAGAAACCGUAUUCUUGUGAACAUUGUUCAAAGGCAUUUUCCGACACUUCACAUUUAAUGAGACAUCUGAAAACACAUACUGGUGAGACACCGUAUUCCUGCCAACAUUGUUCAAAGACGUUUUCUUUCACUUCACAUUUAAUGAGACAUCUGAGAACCCAUACUGGCGAGAAACCAUAUUCCUGUGAACGUUGUCCAAAGACAUUUUCCGACCCUUCACAUUUAUUGAGACAUCUGAGAACCCAUACUGGUGAGAAACCAUAUUCCUGUGAACAGUGUUCAAAGGCAUUUUCCCAAUCUUCCAUUUUAAUGACACAUCUGCGCACCCAUACUGGCGAGAAACCGCAUUCCUGUGACCAUUGCUCAAAGGGAUUUUCCAGCACUUCACAUUUAAUGAGACAUCUGAAAACCCAUACUGGCGAGAAACCAUAUUCCUGUGAACGUUGUUCAAAGACAUUUUCUGAGAAUUCACAUUUAAUGAGACAUCUGAGAACCCAUACUGGUGAGAAACCAUAUUCCUGUGAACGUUGUUCAAAGACAUUUUCCGACCCUUCACAUUUAUUUAGACAUCUGAGAACCCAUACUGGCGAGAAACCAUAUUCCUGUGAACAGUGUUCAAAAGUAUUUUCCCAAACUUCACAUGUCGAGAGACAUCUGGGAACCCAUACUGGAGAUUUAAAGAGACAUGCUGGCGAGAAACUGCAUUCCUGUGAACAUUGCUCAAAGCCAUUUUCCAACACUUCAGAUUUAAUGAAACAUCAGAGAGCCCAUACUGUCGAAAAAACUCAUUCCUGUGAUCAAUAAUCUAAUACCUUCUCCGUUGCUUCAUAUUUAAAGAUACAUAUGAGGCAGUGAGAAGCAAAGGGAUGUAAGUGGCAAAAUUUAAAAUUUGGAUGUAACCAGUACACAUAGUAGGUGAACCUCUCUUCUGCCUUGGGGCAAGAGAUGGUGCUCGUAGCCCUGGUGGGAGCUGCUAUACAUCAGGAUUUGGAAAAAAAAAUCAAUAAAAGCCUACCUAGGACAUUAUCUUUAAACGCGUUUUACUCGAAACUGGAAAAUGUCCACUUACAUCCUUUUUUUUCUCACUGCCUUAUGUGAGAAUCCAUAUUGGAGAGAAAUUUUAUUUCUUUCUUAGGGUUAUUUAAAGCAAAUUUCCAGCUCUUCAUACUUGGUGUACCAUACUGCCACAAAGCCACAUUUCUGUAAAGUUUCGUCAAAGGAAGGUUUGUAACUAGCAAACCUUAAAGUAUACUUCAGAAACCGUACUGGAGAAAGGUCAUUUUCCUUUGAAGUUGUUUCUAGUACUUUUUGUAACUUGUGCACCUGAAAGUAUUGUUGAAAAUAUAUACUAUAGAAAAGC